AUGGUAAAAGCACAAGAAUUUAUAAACAAAAAUUACCCUGAUAAAACAAUUAAACAACUAAACAUAAGUAAUAAAAAUCUAGAAGGUGAAUUAGGCUUGUCUGAGUUUGUCAAUUUAGAGGAACUCGACUGCUCUGAUAACCAAUUAACUAAUCUAAAAUUUGCUGAUGAGAAAAAAAUAACUAAAUUAGACAUUCGAGAUAAUUACUUUACUCAGAAAGACUUAACUUUUCUUAGCACCUUUACUAAUUUAGAAUCCCUUAAACUAGGGAGAAAAAGAGUUAAUCCUUCUUUUGUUUUGAAAACUAUGUUAAGUCAUGAAGAUAGGCACUUUAAUUCUUUUGGUGGUUCCUUAGAACCUUUAAAAGACAUGUCUAAACUAAAAGAAUUAAGUAUUAUCAAUACUGAUAUUAGUGAAGGGUUAGAACAUUUACCGGAAAGUUUAGAAAGAAUUAAAUGUGGAACUACUAUUGGUCGAGAAGCAGCUUACCAAUGUAGUAAGAUUUGUGAAGAGUUAAAAAAUUAUGCUUUAGUGCAAAAAGAAUGGGAAGAGAAAGGAUUUAGUUAUAAGCAAAGUAAACAAUGGAUAGAUCUUGGUUUUACUCCAAAUGAAAAACGUUUAACCCCUCAAGAAAUUCAACAACAAGGCAUUACCAAAAGUAUUGAGAAUUACAACUCAAUUUCUCGAUUAAAAAAUGCUGGAACAACUCCUCAACAAUAUGCCGAAAGAGGAAAAUUAAUUAUUGAUGACUUUCCUAACUUGAAAAGAAUCAAAAGUGGAGGAAUGGGCAAGCAAAAUAUGAUAAAUGAAUUAAUUAUUAGCAAUUGUCCACAAUUGGAAGUAGUAGAUGUCAUUUAUUCUUUUGCAAUGAAAGAAUUAAAAAUAAUUAAUUGUCCUAAUUUAAAAAAACUUGAUUGCUCUCGAAGUAAAUUAACUACUUUAGACCUAACUAACUGCCUCAACCUACAAGCAGUAGACUGCUUUAAUAAUAAACUCAAAGAAAUCAAAUUACCUUUACAGGGAGGAAAGUUAGAAGAGUUAAUCUUAAAUGAUAAUAAGUUUUCUGCUGAGCAAGAUCUGUCUUUUUUAAAAGAUUCAGUAAAUUUAAAAACUUUGGAAUUAGGUGGGCAGGGGACACGAGGCAGUUUUUGCGGUUCUCUAGAACCUUUAAAGAAUAUGACUAAUUUAAAACACUUAAAUAUUAAAAACACUAAUAUAGAUAGUGGAUUAGAAUAUUUACCUAGUAGUUUGGAAGAAAUAAAAUGUUAUGAUGGAUUAAAUGGAAAAGAUGCUAAAACUAAAAAGUUAGAAGAAGAAUUAUUCUUUUACGGAAAUAACCUUAAGGCUUGA